AUGGCAGGUCCAAAUCUCGAAAUCUUCAAAUUCGGUUUUUACAUGUUCUUCCCAAUCUAUGUCAUGUUCAAAUUCGGUGAUCCAGAGUGGUACGAGAGUUAUGUACAACCUUACAAAGAAAUCUUAUGGCCACCAUACGAGUCUACCUAUCAACCACCUCGUACGCACACAGGUAUAAAAGAGGAGCUAGCACGUAUGAAAGCAGAGCGAAUAGCCAAGAAGACAGGACAUCCCGUAGAGUCUAUAACGGCUAGUGAAAUCGAGGCUGAGGGAGGUAUAAAUGUUGCUUCAAACGGUUCAACUUCGACUACGACACCAUCGAUCGUAUCUCAGACACAAAGUAUACCGACACAGACGAGUGCGAGCGGGUGGAGCUGGCCUAAAGCUAGUGGGAACGAUAAUGAAAGGUUAGUAUAG